AUGGCGUCUAAUGAUUACGAAUGCACAAGUCAAGUCUUCUCGGACAUUGGAAAUGGUCUGUAUUUGAAUCCAGAGUUGGCCGACGUAAAUUUCAUUUUCGAAUCGAAUGAUAAUCAUGUUGAACGAGUGCCGGCACACAAAAUUCUUCUGAUGGCAGCUAGCGAUGUUUUUCGCGUAAUGUUCAAUGGACAGUGGAAAGAAAAAGAUGAAGUUGAAAUAGCCGAUACAUCGGUCAGUGUGUUCAAGGAGUUUUUGCAAUUUUUCUACAUCGAUCGAGUGAAAUUGACCGUAGCAAACAUCAAUGUAGUCUUCAAACUUGGUCACAAGUACAAUGUUACCAAGUGUAUGACCGUGUGCAAAAAAUUUAUGGUGAACACACUCACAAAUGACAGCAUUCUGCAGCGGUAUGCAUUGGCGAUUCAAUUUGAUCAAGAUGACUUAGUGAACGUGUUGGAGAAACUAAUCGGGAUCAACACCAAACCAAUUCUGGAAUCGGCCGAAUUCCUAAAGUGUAGCCGAAGCGUGGUGAGCGGAAUUCUGAACAUAGAUGUAUUAUCAUGCACAGAGGUUGAGCUGUUCGAAGCGUGCAUGAAUUGGGUCAAAGCCAAUGCCAAUCAAAGCCAAUUGUCCAGAAAGCUGGUAAAGUCCCAUCUCGGCAAUUUGUUUCGCUAUCUUCGUUUCGGAUCGAUGUCAAUAAAUGAAUUCGCUACAGUCACUUCAUCGCAUCGUGAGAUAUUUUCAUUCGAUGAAUACACAGAUAUUAUCCAAAUGAUUGGAAGCAAGCAACACAAAUCGAAGUUUUUCAAUGGCAUUCGAAGCAAACGCGAAUUGAAAAUUAAUGAUGCCGCAAAUGACGAAAAGAGACAAGCAGAAAUUAUUUGCAAUCGAAAAAUUUUGUCAUCUCAAAAUCAAAGGGCUCGAACCAAAGACACAACCACAUUCUCAUCCACGGAUCCACUUUUGCUGCAUACAAUUCAUUUGCCCAAGAUAAUCGGACAUGAUGGAAAAAAAUAUCACUCACCUCAAAUGAAAAUUGCCAUUGAGGAAAUUCCGCACAGUGCUAUUUCCACUGAAAAAGUGUUACUCUACGAAGGUCAAACAAAUUUAACUACUAAUUCUGGAUGUGAAAGAUUCGACAAGCCAAUUCUCAUCAAACCAGGAUCAACGUACCGCAUUCACAUGGAACAAUUACCCCUCGGAAUUUAUUACAGUAAACUACUGAAAGAAAAAGUUGAAAUCAAAUCUGGAAUCACCAUUGACUUCAAAUCAACUAAGGAUGAUGAUGAUGAUGAUGAUCCCAAUGGCUCAUGUGGAUUGAUUCAGAAGCUUUAUUUCGAUCCAGUUUGGCCGUUAGUACCAUAA